AUGACGACUGUGCACCGGCACAGCUUGACGAGGCUGACGGCCAGCGAGCAGAACGAUAACCGGUUUGGCCUGAAUAUCGUGUUCGUCCAUGGACUGCGAGGUCAUCCUCGAGGAACCUGGGAGGCGGCGGCGACGACGGUAGCAACGACGACGAGCGCAAGCAACGGUAGCAACAACACGACCAAGAAACCCAAAGGCCUGAAGUCUUUGUUCAAGCGACGGACAGCUAGGUCGCUAUCGACAAGCGCAGAACAAGCGCAGCCGCCCUCUGGCCCCGCAUCGUCACCACCACCGGCCACCGUCUUCUGGCCCGAAGAGUACCUCGCAGCAGACAUCCCGCAGGCUUGUGUGUGGACGUACGGGUACAACGCAGACGUCAUCGGCGAUCUUUUCCAGGCCAACAACAAGAACAGCAUCUCGUAG